AUGGGGAAAGACGCAGGCCUUCCUCUGGAUCAGGCAACCCGACUGAGGCACAUGUGGCUGCUGUCAAUCAAAGAAUCCAAGCUGAAAGAACAAGCUCUAUCACAAUCUGAUCCAGAAAGACCAGCCAGCAUACACCAGCUUCUCUACUGCCGUGUCGGGAUUGGUUACCACCUACAGAUCCUGACUGAUGGGAGUGUAGGGGGAGUUCAUGAGGCAACUGAGCACAGCUGGUUGAAGUUGUUUGCCAUGAAACAUGGAGUGGUGGGCAUUCGUGGCGUCAAAAGCAAGCUGUAUUUAUGCAUGAAUAAAGAAGGAAUUGCACAAGGGAAGAAGCAGUUUUCAUCUGAAUGCCUGUUCAAAGAGCACCUGGAGGAGAACCACUAUACAACAUAUUCAUCUGCAGCACACCCAGGCCUGUACCUGGCCCUGUCCCACCGGGGGAAACUUAGGAGAGGAAACACAGUGGGACCACAUCAGGCCUGUACCCACUUCCUGCCACGCAAGGCCCUGAAAACUGAAGAAUAAAAGCACUUUACCAUGCAAUAAAGGAAGAUUUAAAUUCUUAAGUUUGGCCUAAAGAUAAAAGCACAUAUAUAGUGUACUAAUGUCACCAUGCUCAAUGCCAAGCGUCAGCUAGAGGGGUACAUUGGAUGUGGAGCAGUGGAACUGGUUCUCUGGAGUAAUGAAGCUCCAUCCAGUACCUUUGGGAUGAGUUGGAGUGUCAUGUCAUACAACAUCAGCAUCUGACUUCACUAUCUGUAUAUUGUCCUAUGGAACCUUACACACUUACACAUUAACCUACCACAUGGGAAGAUACCCAGAGUGAGUAUCCAGAGGAAGCCCACACAGAACCCACAGCCCAAAGCCCAUGGAGCUGUGCCACAUACACACUACCUCCGGAGUGACGGAACUCAAUACAACAUCUAUGAAAUAUUCUGUUCUGAUGUUUUUGUGAUUCAGAACUAAACAUCCAAAAUCAGUACCUGAACUCACGAAUGCUCUUGAGGCUGAAUGCAAACAAAUCCUUACAGCAAUGUUUCAUCUUUUAGCGUAAAGAGUAGCGGACAAUGUCCUUUCACAACCCUUGAUUUCACCAGAAAUCUACAAACCUUUGGACAGAAUAAGCAUGUGCACACAUAUAGAAGCACAUCUUUGAUAUAAAAGUUACUUUGUGAAAGUUAAUGUAAAUAAGGCCCUCUUAUUUACAGUGUGUAUAAUAAUUUUAUUUAAUAUGCAUAUUUAUGUAUUUAUUUACAUAUUUCUUUAUUUAAAUUCAUUUCAAUAAAUCUAAUUUUAUUUGCAAUGAUUUUCACUUUGGAUUAUUUUCUGGGUUUUAUUAAAAAGCACACAAACAAACAUGAAGAAUGAAGAAAGUUCAAUACAGGCCCCUUUAAAUAAGACAUGAAAGGAAAACCACAGGCCUCUCCUAUGACAGCAGCUCAGACAAGACAAAUGAUCAUUGAAUUGCCGCUCAUACCCAUCUAUUAACAUAGAGCAGGCCUCUAAAAUCUCCUCUUCAGAGUAUUAUUAUUAUCUAGUCAUGCAGGACACAUACUUAAACUAACUGGCCAAAGUUGGUUUAAAACUCUCAUAUCUGUAGGGGGGAAUUUCACCACUGAUAGUGAAAUAACAAAUACAGAAACAAUUAGAAUUCAGGUCAUAAAGAUGUAUUACUUUGAGAAGAGUCAAGUUUACUCACUUCUUAGCUCCAUUGAGUUCAUCAGUCACUACCUGUGUUAUAGGUAAAAAUAAUGAUUUGUAAAGUCCUGACCUUAAUGGGGUUUUGAGGAGAUGGGGUGAAGUAAUUGGGUGUGGAGGAGAUGGGGUGGAGUAAUUGGGUGUGGAGGAGAUGGGAUGGAGUAAAGGGAUGUUGAGGAAAUGAGACAGAGUAAUGUGUUGUUGAGGAGAUAGGGUGGAGUAAUGGGAUGAUGAGGAGAUGGGGUGGAGUAACGGGAUGUUGAGGAGAUGGGGUAGAGUAAUGGGGUGUUGAGGAGAUGGAGUGGAGUAAUGGGGUUUUGAGAAAAUGGGUGGAGUAACGGGAUGUUGAGGAGAUGGGGUGGAGAGAUGGGGUGUUGAGGAUAUGGGGUGGAGUAAUGCGGUUUUGAGGAGAUGGGGUGCACUAACGGGAUGUUGAGAAAAUGGGUGGAGUAACGGGGUGUUGAGGAGAUGGGGUGGAGUUAUAUGAUGAUGAGGAGAUGGGGUGGAGUAAUGGGGUGUU